AUGCCCACCCCAACCCAGCACCCCGCGUGCCUCACCAUCGGUGUCACACCCCCCACCAUCGCGCCCCUGACGACAACCUCCCCCAUCGACGCCGACACCUACUGGCGCCUCCAAAACGCGCACGCCACCGCCCUCACCGCCCUCACUUCCGCCCAAUCCCUCGCCGAAGCCGCCUUCACGACCUGGCAAACCGCCAAAACCCGCCUCGCCACGCACCUCUCCCGCACUGACGCCCUCAAGCUCACCCCGCUCGACCAGCUCACCUUCUUCACGGACUUCGACGCCGUCCAGGUGGGCGCGAACGAGAAGGCGCUCGAGCGCGCGGUCCAGCUCGCGUACGCUGAGUAUCUGGAGGUGCAUGGCCGGUGCGAGAUGGCGAUGGACGACGAGUACCGGGCGCUGAAGGCGGUGCGGGCGUUUGAGACGGAGAAGAGGAAGGAGAAGAGGAGGCGGCCUGGGACGGUCUAUGGGUCGAUGGCUGGGCGUUACACUGGCAAAGACGGCAAGAAGAAGUCGGCGUACCCCGAGCAAAUUCCUGCAUUCGAUAUUGUCAUGAACGGUUGGGCGACGACGACGUUCACCGCGGGCAAGCUGCAGUACUUUGGGUGUUGUCUAGACGACACCGUGGAGAUGGUCGAGACGACUCGGCUCUGCAGCAUCACUUUCGAUGAUUCCCAGGUAUACGCAGUUGGCGAGAUCCACUCGCCAGCCGAGGCGAUCACUCGCUUCUUCGAGCCGUUCCCACUCCCAGACACGGCGUGCCCGACCCACGGUGGGAAGACGAUGCAAUGCUGGACCGUUCUCGAUCGCCUUCCCGCCUUCAUCUCUUCCGUCGACUUCCUCUACAGUCAAGACGGGGUCGAAGCCAAGGGCAGACUGCACGACAUCUACAGCAUGGUCACCCAACUAGGGGGACUGCACUUUGCGGGCGUCGUGUGGCCAGAAGGCGCUCGUGGGGCCAGGGCGGUGGAGUUAGACUCAAUGAACAAGACGGCACUCAUUCGCAGAGACCCACCGUUGCCGAAGGUUGAUCAUCCGGUUACGAUUGUGGCACAGAAUGGCGACUAUUUCCCGCGGUGGGUCUCCGCCAGGUGGACCUUGAGAUAG